UCAAAACAAAUUGAAAAUGCUUAAAAUGUUCUUUUACAUCUUUUAGUGUACAGCAACUUAAUUCAAAGCAUUUCAAAUGCUUCAAGAAAAUCUUCGUUGUCUUCAGAAUAGGAGAAGCAAUAUCUGAGUUAGAUGCAUAAGUUGUGUCUUGGCGAACGCCAACGCUAUUCUAUCCGCCAAGCCCAAAACUCCUGUUUUUCCCGGGAUAGUUCCCAACUUAUUCGGGAACACGCGGCCAAGACUAAAGCAUAGUGCGUUUCUCUUGAUUUGUUGAAGUCUCGCUUAGAAAGGAUGGUGUUUACAUUGCAAAUUUCUCACUGUUAAAUAAUUUAGACUCUACGAAAGAGAUUUUAUAGUUCAGAUAUCCAGAAGAGUAAAUGUUUUAACGCUGAUUUUUAUUUCAUUUUUCCAUUUUAUCCCGAAUUAUAUUUGAAUGAUUAGAAAAUAAUUUUAUUUUUGAACUUUCUUAACUGUAAGCACUGGCACAUUUUUUUGAACUACUUAAUAUAUGUUGUGAGAAGAUAACUGGCAUAAAAGUUGAUCUUUAAUACGAUUUUAUAUCGGUUUUUCAUACGAUAGUAUCUUAAAAAGAGUAUUUAUGCUGUAAUCAGUACAAAUCUCGAAGAAACUGAAAUAUUGCAUAUAGCAAAUUUAUAUCGAGUUUUUUGUGGCUGUGAAAAUAUUAGGACAAUAUUUGGAACAAACAUUUAGUUUAAUUAAGGAAGUGAUGAAAUUUGAAAUGCAACUAACUCUUGAUUGAUACGAUGCUCGAUGAUUCUACAUAUCUAGUCUCACAUAAAUGGGCCACAAGCUUACCGUACUUUUCUCACUCACGCAUUAUUAGUUGCACUUUAAUCAACCAAUAACUAUAUAACGUGUCGUAUGAACCAAACAUUCGCCACUUGAUUGAUUUUGAGCCCAUGAUUUAGUCACUUAUUCAUUCCAAAUGGCGUAUCUAACAUCUUAUCUUUUUAUAUAUUUAUACAUGAUAUGCAUAUUUGCGUGUUUAGUUCUAACCGAGCCAAAUGCUCAAAACAUGGAACCAGUAAGACUGGCAGUUUUGGCCCCAGAUGACGAUUCCAUGCCAUUCUCUUUACACAAGGUACUUCCUGCUGUGAUUUAUGCUGUACGAACACUUCUACGACAAGGCGAGAGACCGAUGGAAGUUUUGUACCGGGAUACGCAAUGUUCCUCUACAUAUGGCCCCUUGGCUACAUUUUCAUUAUACAAUUCUGGUUUAGCUGAUAUAUUCUUGGGACCUUUAUGCCCAUACGUUUUGGCGCCAGUAGCACGAUAUACUUCUGUAUGGGGAUUACCAAUACUUACAGCGGGUGGACAAAAUGAUAACUUUGAUCAUAAACUGCCCCAUUACAAGCUUUUAACCAGAAUGAAUGGCUCUUAUUCUCAAAUUGGCACUAUUGUAUUGCAAGUUUUGCAGAAAUUCGAUUGGAAAGUAGUAGCACUUCUAUUUCAUAACUAUGAAGACCGAACUAAAGGAAAUUCGAAUUGUUAUUUCACGCUAGGCGCUGUCUUUACAGCACUCGGGAAGAAGUCUUUUCAUCGUGGCUUUGAUGAGUUAAGUCCUAAUACGGAUUAUAUAAAACUCUUGAAAGAAGUAUCUCUUCAUUCCAGAGGUAUGUACUUUUUGUAA